AUGGAAGAUCUUAGAUGGAGUCAACAGUACGCCAACUCUUUGGAAACGAAAGACGAAUUUUCCCAAGGGACGCUGAAACUCCAACUGAGUUUUUCCGACGGCUUCACGCCCGCGAGACGCUGCAAGUGAGUAGGAAAAUUGAUAAAAAUCAUACUUUCAUCCCAAAAAUUUGCAACCUUGAACUGUUUCAGGACUUUUCGUUGAAAAAUCUCAUUUUUUCGAAUGUGGUUGUCAAAUGAAUUUCAAAAAGAGGCAUGCAAAAAUAGGGUUUUGUUUUUGUUUGUUAAAAAAAUUUAAUUAUCAAGGUUAAAAGAUAAUUGCAGUCCUGAAAAGAACAUAAACUUUCCUUUUAUUAAAAAAAGAACCCUAUCUAAAGACCGUAAUACGAAAAAAUCGGAAAAUUCGUCGUUCGAAAUUUCGCCGAUUUUUAUUUCAUACGAGCGUAAAACAGGUCGAAAGUGAUGUAUGAGAGUUCAGAAACAUUUUUGAAGAAAAAUUCGUAGUGAAACGAUGAAAUAGAAAGGAGGUUCAAAUAUUUUUAGCACGGAAUGUACCCUGUGUAUAUGCGAGUCGAGUGUCUUCCUAAAAGAAGAAAAAGCGGACCACCGAUACAUGAUUUUUGGCGGCAAUAGCCACAUCAAAGGAAAGCUAUGAGCCUAAACGCUUACGAUUUGAUGUUUGGGAGGUUUAGUUUAGAAAGAAGCGUAAAUCGUUGAAGAAAAAUAGCAUACAGAUUGAUAAACGAGAUCAGAACACUCUGCAAGCUGAUUUUCCGUUCUACCAAAACAAUAAGAAGUGGAUAAUUAAAAUAAAUUGGAUUAUCAUGUCAGCGGAUUUGAAAGUAAAAAUUUUCAAAAAGUUUGAAAUUGUAAUUCAGGCCGCACGUACUCUAUUCAAUGGAGUCCCUAACUGGCAAACUGAGAAAAGGAUAUCCCUGUGCCCGGGCACAUACAGGACUCUUCCUCGAUUUUUUGAGAGCUUUUUCUCAGAAGCCUAUGUGGUUUAGCAGAUAAUCUCUCAGUUUUUGAUAGUUCUUACUCAAACCUAUAAGCCACCAUAGUUUCAACGAUAUGCGUACUCGAGCCCGAGAAGUUCCGUAGUCAGAUCUUCAUAGUUGGAAAAUCACCAAAGUUUGCUCGCCCUGCAAGUUCGAAAACAUACAGUACCGCUCAAAAGUAUAUUAAGUUUUUGUUGUUUGAGGGAUAUCUCAGCGAGUACUUAUCCGAUUUAUAUAUAACUUUCAGGGAUUAUGUAAAAUAUACUUUAAAACAUAUACGGUAUACACAUACAUGUCCGCUGAUCACUGCGACGCGUUUUAGGAAUGAUUUCCAAUGUAUGCUUUUAUUUUAUUUAUAUUAAAUGUUUUAAAAGUAAUAAUGUUGCCAUACGUCAUGUUUUUCAGACAUGAGGAAGAACCUCUGGGAAAAAAGAUUUGACUGAUAACGACAAAGAGCCAUCGUUGUGGGUCGUCAAAAUGGACUGACCAUGAUGACGUUGGCAGGAAUGUUCGGCGUGACAGAGGCUUGCAUUUCUCAGUUCCUGAAGCGUCAGAAAGCUCAAGAUGGCACUGGUAGAGCCAACGCACUGAAAAGACCACGUGUCAUUGAUCGUAAUGGUGAUAGAAACAUUUUGAAGACGUCUAGAACCAAUCAAGACUCACCGCCCUGCGAUCAGACGGGAAGUUUUCUCGAAUUCGCCAUCUCCGCCAUCCGUCUCGACCGUGAAACGACGAUGCUGCUGGAAUCAUGGGAAGACGUGCAGUGAAAAACCGCUGAUUUCUGAAAGAAUCGAGUCACCAGGGUGAAGUGGGCGAAGGAGCAUCUCAACUGGACCCGUCAAGACUGGAACAAGAUUCCGUGGUCCGACGAAAGCAAGUUCCUCCUCUUCGGAAGUGACGGAAUUCAGUGA